AUGGCUGAGCUUGGAAGGCUUCUUAUAUAUGAAGCAUCAAGGGAUUGGCUGCCUACAAUUUCAGGGGAGAUUCAGUCCCCACUUGGGCCUGCUACAGUUGAAUUUAUUGAUCCAAGAGAACCUGUAGCGGUUGUUCCCAAUCUGAGAGUUGGGCUUGCUCUUGCAGAACAUGCAGCAUCCAUCUUGCCAGCAACCAAGACAUACCACCUAGGUAUCUGCUCUGUAACGCCCCGAUUCUCAGCUUGGAGGAGGAUUUUCUUGGAGAAAAGAGCUUGGAGAUCAAGCAUUCAGAAGCAAGGAGCUUGA